AUGUACGGUGAUUUGGCAAAUAAAUUGAUCCUGGAAGCAAAACGUACCCAACAAUUAAACCAUAAACAAAAACAUGCACAGCUGCCGAUGUAUCACGAAGAUUUGAUUCGUAACAUUAUCAAAGAAGUGACACAAUUGAAGAAAAAUACAGAUUUCCUAAAGGAUCAACAAGAACAGUUACAAAAUCAAGAAGGUAACGAUAAUGGGCUGGAUGAAAACGUUCUGAAAUGUCAAUAUUUCGUCACUUUGUUAUGUAUGGAAAGAAAUAAACGAUGUCUCUUAGCUUAUCAAAAAUUAAGAUGUGAUAUGUUAGAUUCCUUGGCUUGGAGUAAUUCAAAUAGUAGUAUAAUGGAAUUAGAAAGUAAUGAUUUAUCUCAUCAAGAACAAGAGUACCUGAAAGAGUAUGGGGAAUUGAUUACAGAUCUGAAAAGUGGUGAGUGGGCAGAUAUAGAUUUAUCAGGAUCAUUGACGCCACCAAGUGAUGUUUUCAUAGAUGUUAGAGUAUUGAAAGAUGCUGGUGAGAUACAGACUGAAUAUGGUGUGUUUAACUUGAUUAAAGAUUCUCAAUUCUUUGUUAGACAAUCAGAUGUCGAAAGACUAAUACAGCAAGGUUACUUACAGAAAAUAUGA